UUCUGUGUUGCAAUAAUGUUUAUUGCGUUUCUUCUGCUUCUUGCUUACCUUAUUACCUAGCUACGUACUCUUAAAGAUCAAACCUUUAAUUUGCAUUGCAUCAUUCUCCAUCUUCUCCAUCAGCAGCAGCAGCUAGCUUCUUGCCCUUCUGUCUCUGCUACUGCCCAUUCACCACCAUAUAUAUAUAUAGCAGACAAGACUGGUGGGGAUAGGAAGAACUACUUACCUACAUACGUUACCAUAGACGAUAUGAUGUUUUCGGUAAAGGUGGAGGAGGGAAGGGAAGGCCGAGAUGGGCAGCCAUCUGUUGGUCCCAUAUAUCGGAAUCCGCUGGCUAAGGAUGAAUUUCCACCUAUUAAUCCAAACUUGUCUACAGUUUGGGAACUCUUAAGGGCAUCUGUUGAGAAGCAUCCAAGAAAUAGGAUGUUGGGAUGGAGAGAACUGCUGAAUGGCAAGUGGGGACCUUAUGCUUGGAAAACAUACAGUGAAGUUUUCGAAGAAAUUCUGCAGGCUGGUUCUGCAUUACGAGCGCAUGGUGUUGAGCCUGGAGCUCGUAUUGGAAUUUAUGGAUCCAAUUGCCCUCAGUGGAUUGUAGCAAUGGAGGCCUGCAAUGCCCACAGUUUAAUUUGUGUGCCACUCUAUGACACCCUUGGAUCUGGAGCUGUUAAUUUUAUAAUAGACCAUUCUGAGAUUGAUGUAGUCUUUGUUCAAGAUAAGAAAGUGAAAGAACUUUUUAGUGAUGAAUGUCCUCACGUGAAAAGGCUAAAACUUGUUGUUUGUCUCUCCUCGCUAACAAAUGAAGAGAAGGAUAUGGCAGUCUCCAAGGGUAUCAAGCCAUACUCUUGGAAUGAAUUUCUCCAAAUGGGAAAGGAGAACCCAUUAGAGGUUUCGCCGCCACAACCAUGCAAUAUCUGCACAAUCAUGUACACCAGUGGAACCAGCGGAGAGCCUAAAGGUGUUAUAUUGACACAUGAAAACAUUGCAUAUGCCGCGAGAGGGGUUGAUCUUUUUAUGGAUCAGUUUGAAGACAAGAUGACUGUGGAUGAUGUGUACAUAUCUUUCUUGCCACUUGCUCAUAUCCUUGACCGCUUGAUCGAAGAGUACUUCUUCUUUAAGGGAGCUUCUGUUGGCUACUACCAUGGGAAUAUCAAUGAGAUAAGAGAUGAUCUGGAGGAGUUGAAGCCAACCUUCUUGGCUGGAGUACCUCGAGUUUUUGAAAGAAUCCAUGAAGGUGUCCUAAAAGCACUUGAUGAACUCAAUCCAUUUAGGAGAACAGCUUUCAGCAUUCUCUACAAAUACAAACUGAAAUGGUUGCAGUUAGGAUACAAGCACAGAGAUGCGUCACCACUGGCAGAUCUGCUUGCUUUUAGAAAGGUUAAGGCUAGGCUAGGUGGGCGACUUCGACUGAUAGUUUCUGGUGGUGCAGCGCUGGGGAGUGAGAUUGAAGAAUUCUUGAGGGUCACCUCUUGUGCUUUUGUGGUACAAGGCUAUGGGUUAACUGAGACUUGUGGGUUGAGUGCUAUUGGGUAUCCAGAUGAAAUGUGCAUGAUAGGAGCUGUUGGAUCACCAUUUCUAUAUUCAGAAUUGCGUCUAGUGGAGGUUCCAGAAAUGGGUUACAACCCGCUAGGAGAUGUCCCUCGCGGGGAGAUAUGUGUGAAAGGAAAGACUAAUUUUGCAGGGUAUUACAAGAACCCAGAGUUGACAAAACAAGUGUAUAAAGAUGGGUGGUUUCAUACAGGUGACAUAGGAGAAAUGUUGCCUAAUGGAGUCAUAAAAAUCAUUGAUAGAAAGAAGAACCUUGUUAAGCUGUCUCAAGGAGAGUAUGUUGCAGUUGAAUAUCUGGAAAAGGUUUAUGGUAUAGCACCCAUUGUUGAAGAUAUAUGGGUGUAUGGAGACAGCUUCAAGUCUACACUGAUUGCUGUGGUGGUUCCCAAUGAAGAAAACAGCCGAAAAUGGGCACAUCAAAAUGGGUAUUUGGGUUCUCUUCAAGAACUUUGUUCCCUCAACAAACUAAAAACCUAUGUCCUCCUGGAGUUGAAGGCUACUGCAGAGAGAAACAAGCUAAGGGGAUUUGAGUACAUAAAAGGAGUGAUUCUUGAGCCUCAACUCUUGGAGCUCGACACCAACUUGGUCACUGCAACCUUGAAGAAAAGAAGAGACAAAUUGUUCAAGCAUUACAAGGCAGAAAUUGAGAGCCUUUAUGAACAGCUGAAUGGAGAAGCAGCAGCAAAGCAUUAGAAGAUAUCUUUGUGGAGCUAGCAGGCGUUCAUUAUGAAUCAAGAAUGUGUGUUGCCUCAUCACUCAUCACUCAUCAGUGUGUGGUGCUUGUAUAUUACAUAGGUAGGGGAGUGAGGGAAUGAUAAUUUGACAGGCAUAUCUAUUAUCUAUAGGUGUUGCCACUAUAUCUCCCCCUUUGUGUGUUCCAAGUUUGAACUUUUAAUUUUCAAUAAGAGGCUAUCAUGUUGUUUAAAGUUUUUAAAGUUUAUCUCAUUUUAUAUAA